AGAGAGUAGUAGGGACGGCUUGUUUGUUUUAAUAGCAGAUAAAACUAGCUUCUCGCCCACAUGACUUCGUCAUAGUUUGAGAAUUUGUUUGCAAAAACCUCAUUGUAACAUAACCACGGUGAGUUCAGGAUGUCUGCGUCUAUGAGAGCCAACUCAGCGCCAAGUUCAUCGAGGCCGGAGCAAGCACUGGACACCAGAGUGGCAGAACAAAAUUUUCAAGUCCCAGCGGGGAGUAGACAGACACAACUUCCUCCUGUCAACAACCACAUCAUCCCAAGUGAACUGCUGGUCAACCUUACCUCCACUGUGCGCAACAGGAACACGCUGGGGCACACUGCACACCAUCGGCACUGCAAGGACUGUGGAAUCAGACGACCGGAUGCAGUCUGGCAUCACCCGCUCGGACGCAAGAAAUACAAAUUCUUUCUGGAGCAGCCAACAUCCUUGACUGGAGCCGGCAGGGAUAUUUCAUUCCUGUGUGAUGCCAUGGUAACCCAGAAGAAGACCACACCCCUCCCACCACUGACUGACAGGAGUGGCAUGGGAGACACACAGAAUUUGAAUGUCUCAGAAAGUCUGAUCCCAGAAGAAUAUCACAUUGUGAAAAACAAAGGGCUGCAGGGCCUCGAGUUCUUUGAGGAUGCGUUCACAGUGCAGCUACAGGAUGAUGAGCAGAAGCUACGGGUCUUCCCUUCACUGAGGCCCAGUGGCAGACUGGAAGUGGUCCAGCUAAUGAGGAUGAUGGACGACAUGCUGGAGAAGGCAGGAGUGGAUCAGAAGAGUGAGGAGCUGACUGAGCUCUCCCAGAUGGAGGGGUUGCUGGAGCUGGUGCAGGUUGAGCAGAACAUCUACAACAUUGUUUUCCAUGAGCUGAUCAGGCAGGUCAGCGUGGGUUGUGUUGAGCAAGGACAGCUGCUUGCCAAACUCAGACAGCGUUACCGGUCCCUGCUUGAGCGAAUCCCCCAACGCCUGAAGGCUCUGCACACUGAGGCAGUGGCGCAGCGGGCUCUGGACCGUCGGCUCAUUGAAGAGAUCCACCACAUCAAGACUUCCAUCCAGCAGCUUAACACGGAACUGUCCACAAUCAGAGAGCAUGAUGCCUUUGUUUCCCAGCAGGCAGAGCGCGCUCACCGGCAGCUGGCAGGGGCGCUCCAGCAGAGUCACACCAACUCAGAUGUGGUCCAGGGUUACCACGAGCUGUAUGAGCUGCAGAGGGGUCGCCUCGAGGCUCAGCUGCUUCAGAUGACAGAGGAGAGAGACUGCUGGAGCCAGCUUACCCUUUGCCUCGCCCUCAAGGUGAUCAGUGUGAAGAAGCUGCAACUUAUCAGUCAGCUGCAUAUCAUCGAGCAGAGCUGGUUCAAGACAGCCGAGCACUGCAGCCAAUACCUCGCUUUGAAGGACACGGAAGACCUGAAUGUCAUCAUGGAGCUUUCUACCUACUGGAAAGAGCAGCUGACUGAUUUCAUGUCCCAGCUGAAGAAGACUGAUCAUGCUCAGCAUGAACAGAUCAGUGCAAUCCAACAAGGCAUUGAUAAGUGGUUCGCCUUCUUCGCUACACAGAACAAGUGUCCUGACCCAAAAUAUGACAAAGCUUCACUGGUUAAGAUUCAUGCUGAUUUGAAGCAGUGGUCAAAUACGUUGGCCCUCCAGUGCGAGUGCUACCAAGGUGAGAAGCUGCUUAGCUGCCAACAGACACUGGGCGAGCUUGGCUCUGUCCAGGAAAAAUGGCUUCAUAUGAGUCUAGAGCUGUUCAGGAGACACCCUUCUCCUGACGGUGAACCUCCUGGAGGCCAGCAGGCCUUAAGAGAGCUGGACGGUGUCCUAUCUGAGCUUCUAAAACAGCUGGACAGCCGAGUCACUGGAGAGAAUGGGAUACACGGACAGAUCACGUCACUGCUCAGGUUGAUGGAGUCCCAAGUUUCCAAGCUUGGUGCAGUGAUUGGUCGGCCAGAAAUAAUGUCUGUCUCUGAGGGGCUGAAGCUGGAGAAUGAACUGCGCAAUUGGCAGAGUUUGGCUGAAGACGCCUCUCAGAACAUCUCCAGCAUGCAGACAGAGAACAAAAAGGACAAAAACAAACUGGACAUAUAUGCAGAGGCAGAAAAGGUGUUAGACAAAGUGAAGGAGUUCAUAACCAGCCUGUCCAGCUUCACUGAUGGUGAGAACCAGAGACUCAGUGACGAGGUCAGUUCUAUUCACAUGGCUCAGACCCGCUGGAUGUUGGAUCUGUUGCUACUCACGGUACCAAACCAUAGCGAGGACAACAACCAAGAACAGGAACACCACUACAUUACAAACAUCUCACUGCAGACACUGGAUGAGGAUGCCAAGAUGCUGGCUGAGAAACUGGAUUUUUUCUCCACAUACAUCAGCAGCUCUUGCAUGCUGAUUCUAGAGGAGCAGAUUCUGCAACACUCACGGGAAGUUGAGGUUGAAGAUGAGAUGAAUGAGUGCAAAAGGCUGCAGAGGGAGUGUGCUGAUUGGGUAGAGACCUGUCUAAUCCUGCUCUCAGGAGUGAAAGGUGGUCCUGUGGAGCUGCCUGUGCAUCACGCCGACCCCGCUUCCAGCAGUGAUGUCCCACUCUCUCCAACAGACAGCACAGAGACUCUGGUGAAUGAAGAGGUUUCAGCAGAGCCUACAGCAGACAGUGAGGUCAAAGAGGAGACUGAGGCUGAACUGAGAGAGUGCGCUGCUGAAGGACAUGAAACACAACAAGAGGUUUCUCAGGGGGAGCUAACGGUUUGUGAGAGCCCAGUUGUGAAGCUAAUUGGCUAUGAUGGAAACAUUACACAAAGAAAGCUGGGACAGAGCAGUGUCCACUUGAAUGAGUCUGAGCUGGAUGUGUCUCCAGCUACAGAUAAAGCCCAAAAAGCUUUUAGUGAUCUGACCACAAUGGGAUUACUGCAGCAGGAACUGCAUGAAUCAGAGCUGCGGGUCCAGAGUGCCGAGCAGCGAGCCCUGAAGGCUGAGGAAGCCUUGCAGGAAGCUCUGGAGAAGAUUCGGGACCUGGAGAGACAACUGCAGGGUCGUCCCAGUCUGGAGCCCAAAAGCAGUGAAGAGAAAAAGAAAACACCACCACCUUCCCCACCACCAGUAACAACCCCAGCUCCGCCAAAGAAAACCUCAGCAGAGACCAAAACAGCAAGCAGCACCAAAAGGACCAAGAAACGUUGAUCUGACAUGUGAUCAGGAGGUUUUACAACUUUAUAUUUAUGCAUGGGACUGUCCAGUUAAUGUUGGGUGAGGUAUAUGUAAAAUCACCUGUAGGGUUUUAUAUUUAAUUUAUUUUCUUCCUUUUUUUUUUAAAUAUUUCGAGAGAGAAAGAUGGGGGAUGACAUGCAGCAAAGGGCCACAGGCUGGAUUCAAACCCGGGCCGCUGCGGCAACAGCCUUGUACAUGGGGCGCAUGCUCUACCCACUAAGCCACCGACACCCUAUAUUUAAUUUAUUUUCUCUGUUGUAUCAAGACUCAUCGCCUGCACUCCAUCACAGUCACAACCAUAAAACUCGUAAAGGAAAAUGACCUCAGGACAUAAUUAUCUGGCACAUGUAACAAAUGCAUGUACUGUCUCAGAAG